CAGUGGUCCGCGGGAAAAUUCAGUUCUGCGUAUGUGACGUGGUACUUCUUCGGAUUACAGACUCGCGGAGAAGAGGAGUAGAGCGCUGCUCUUUAGCAUUUCGACAAUCGUAUGUCCGCGAAUGUCGUCGGUACAGGCACAACUACCACAACACGAUGUCCAAGAAAAAGGGUCUGAGUUUGGAGGAGAAGAGAACUCGCAUGAUGGAGAUUUUCUUUGAAUCGAAAGAUGUGUUUCAGCUGAAAGACAUUGAGAAGAUUGCCCCUAAGACAAAGGGCAUAACUCCCAUGACUGUGAAGGACGUGCUGCAGAGCCUGGUGGACGACAACAUGGUGGACAGUGAACGAGUGGGGACGUCUAACUACUACUGGGCCUUCCCCAGCAAGGCCUUGCACGCUCGUCAGCACAAACUGGAGGAGCUGCAGAAACAGAUUUCUGAGGCAAAACAGAGAAAAGACACUCUGCAGAAAGUGGUUGAAAAGGCCAAAGUUGGACGUCAAGAUACAAAGGAGAGAAGCUCCCUGCUGAAGGAGCUGCAGAGUCUGAGAGAGGAGCGAACUCAGCUGAAGGCCGAGUUGGAAAAGUACAGGGAAUGUGACCCCGAAGUUGUUGAGGAGAUGAGAAAGUCAAAUAUUGUAGCAAAAGAAGCCGUUUCCAGGUGGACAGAUAAUGUCUUUGCCAUCAAGUCAUGGACAAAGAAGAAGUUUGCCUUUGAUGACAGCCGCAUUAAUAAAGCCUUUGGGAUCCCUGAGGACUUUGACUACAUGGACUGAUUUGCCUUUUCUGCAAAAGCUUGUGGACACAUUAAGUUAAGAGUUAAAGCUUCAGUUUGAAGCCUCCGUACCUGCUCACGGCCUUUUCUAGUGUCUGUUCUGUGCAUUAGAAUGAAAAUAAAGCCACUAGGAUCACAUCAAAGGCCCGGUGGGUGGAGGGCUUUGAAUAAGGAUGGAUAUGGUUGAAUUCGCCGCAACAGAUGGACUUCAUCAGCAGAUAUUUUCCUUUGGUGCAACCAGAGAAGAGACUGAACAGACCAUUAGUGACUGUGAGGAGUGAGAGGGUCCUGUGAUGAAGACGCCUUAGCAGCCAGACUUGUCGGACACCUGUUUGCAUGAAAACUGAGAAGUCCAAGUUGAUGAUGGAAAGGAAUCAACUCUCCACACGUACGUGUCGCCACUGAUCUAAUUUAUAUGGUUUGAGCAGAUGCUUAUGGUUUGGAAUCAAAUGCUUGUGCGUUUUUUUCCCCCUCUGCAUUGUUAUUUUUUUCUAACAAUGGCUUGUUCUUUUCAUUCAUAAAAAGUGCACUGGGAGUGUGAGUUAAAUUUCAAAGGAUAUGUUUUUAGGAUAUGUUUUGUCUACAAGUGCUGUAAAUAUUUAAAGUCCAUCUACUUCCUUUGCAGAUCCUCUUUUCCUGUGUUGCAAAUAAACUGUCCCUUUGAGUUUAA